ACCUUCAAAUUAGCCCCUUCAUUUCUCAAUUUCUCCAAAGCUAAUUUCACAGGCGGUCACUUGGAAUAUUUCAUUCUUCAUUCUUUCUAACAAGGAUUAAACAGACCGAGGGCCUUGGAUUCCCAUUCACAACGUCACUUUUUCACUUCCUAAGUAGAUCGGUGUCAGUGUCGUCUCUCAUUUGCCUCGUUCAUCCAAGAUGAGAGGAUGAAAGAACAGAGUCAUCAUGGCUUCUUAUUCCCAGACCACAGGAGAGACGGAGCGGCCGGGUUCAGAGGGAGGAAGCCGAGAGGAGAGGGAUCUGGUAGAGGACGGCACUGAGUCUAGAGCUCUUGAGCUGGUCUCUAUCACGGAAGAGGACCUUCCCAUUGUGGAGACCCCCAAUACUUUCAACGUGAGCUCCUUCAGCAGUCACAACAGCCAUUCGAUUCACUUCUACGACCCGGGCUCGCAGGACCCCCACGUCCCUGUCGAGUUGCCAACUGUGGCGUCAGCUCCGCUGCCUGUGUACAACAAAGUCCACAACAUUCAGAUCCCACCCAGCCCAGGUGUGCCCGUCAUCAAGGUCCAGCCCUUCUUGGAUGGAGAGGACCUGUCAAACUUGAAAUCUUUGUGUUGGCCGUAUGUGUCUCGCAGAUUGCUGGCUCUGCUUAUCAUCUUGGUCUUGCUUAUAGUCUUGAUUCUGUCACUAGGAAUAGGUUUGGGAGUGGGUCUGGAGAGUUGCUCAGGAAAGUUUCACUGCGUGUCGUCAGUUCGGUGUAUCAGCAGAAAAGCAGUGUGUGACGGAGUCGAGGAUUGCGGAGAUGGAGAAGAUGAACUCAACUGUGUGCGUGUGAGUGGCAGAAGCUCUGUGCUGCAGGUGUUCAGCAGGGGCUCGUGGAGGACUGUGUGCUCUGAAGGCUGGGAUUCUCACCUGGGCUCCUUAGCCUGCAGACAACUGGGAUACAACAGUUACGUAAGCUCUGCUGCCAUUCCCAUCUCCUCUAUUGAAGCAGUAUUUCAGAAUAAUCUAGUGGCUCUCAAUAUCAACCAAACAGCCCUUCAAGACACCUUCAAGAUCCACAACUCUUCAUACGUUAGAAAGACUCUCUGCAGUUCUGGUAUAGUGACAGCUGUCAAAUGUAUAGAGUGUGGUUCCAGGCCAGCCGCCCGCAGUCGUAUUGUGGGAGGAAACGUGUCGAAGCCCGGGCAGGUCCCAUGGCAGGUCAGCCUACACUACCAGAACCAGCAUCUCUGUGGAGGAUCAGUCAUCAGUGAGCGCUGGAUACUCACUGCUGCUCACUGUGUCUAUGGUUUUGCUCAGCCAGUGUUAUGGACAGUGUAUGCUGGGAUGAUAGACCAGCCAUUGAGUGGAUCCGGAGCUCUCUCUGUGGAGAAAAUCAUCUACCAUGCGAGCUUCAGGUCAGAAGGACUCAGCUACAACAUAGCACUGAUAAGGCUUAAACUACCUCUGUCUUUCAACGACCAAGUAGCCCCCAUCUGUCUGCCUAGUUACGGCGAGAGCUUUGAGGAUGGACAGAUGUGUUUAAUCUCAGGCUGGGGAGCCACAGUGAAUGGUGGAGAGGCCAGUGUGUCCCUACAUGUCACUCAGGUCCCGUUACUGUCCGGCAGAAAAUGCCGCAGACGGGGUCUGACCUCAUGGAACAUCUGUGCAGGACACUUGGAUGGCGGUGCUGGUACAUGUUCGGGCGAUAACGGAGGGCCGCUGGCCUGUCAGGGGUCCGGGUGGACAUUGGUGGGCACAGCCAGCUGGGCUGAGAGCUGUGGACAAAAAAACAAACCAGGCGUUUACACCAGCAUAACUGAAGCGAUCACAUGGAUUCAGCAACAGAUGGAGAAAGAAGAGGAUCAGCGUCGUUGAGCGCCUCAUGGUGGACGAGCUUCUGCUGACUUGCAUAUUUCCAUAACUAACAUCUGACAUUACCAUAUCCAAAAUGGCUUAUGAAGGGGAAACAUGUCAUGGUAAUAUGGUAAUAUAUAUAUAGACUCGAAAUGAUUCCCCUUCAUAAGCCAUGUUGGUUUGAUUCUACUGACCAGAACGAAAAUACAGUAAAAUACAAAUUUUUAAGUAAUAGUUUAAACAGUUUAUUUGUAAUAUGCUAUUUAAUGUACU